AUGAUACCUGCAAUGAUUGCUAUUUAUACAAUAUUAGAAAAUAAUCGAGAAUUAGCUAUUGCUACUCAGCAUCGUAUUCAAGAUCUUGCAAUAGCUGACGAUCAACAGAAAGAUACUAUUCUUCGUCAAUUUCAAAGAACAUUAUUUCAAUUAAUUGAAAAAUAUGGUCCACAAUUAAAUAAAUCAUCAGCAGCUUCAUUAGUUGUUCGUUUUGCAACACUUUCAGCAUCACGUCAACUUGAUCCUCAUCGUCGUAAUUUUCUUAUUCGUUUGUUAUAUGAUGCAAAAUUAAUUACAUAUGAUUCAAUUUCUAAUCAACCGAGAGUUUCACUUGCAUCAGCUAAUUUAACUGAAUUAUGUUUGAUUGAUGGUACGGUCGGACAAACAUUAUUUCAUAUUUGCAUGGAAGGCGCUAUUAUGACUAAAGCUAAUUUUCAUGGUAUUAAUAUGCAUGGUGCUAUAUUCAAUGGAGCCAAACUGAAAAAUGCUGAUUUUUCUUCUACGACAAAUAGUUUGUACUGUAGUGAUAUUGAAUGUUUUGGACCGAGAAGUGCAUCAUUAUAUUUUGAUAAUAGUGAUUUAACAUCUGCUUUGUUUUUCGAUGCUAUUUAUGACAAUGUUUCAUUUCAUAUGGCUCAAAUGUCAAAUGCAAAUUUUCCUUUCUUUCGAUGUGAUUUUUGUUUAUUUCAUCUUGCUAAUAUGAGUCAAACAAGUUUACACUAUGUAGAAAUGUCCCGAUCGUCAUUUACAAUGUCUACUUUUAUACAAAGCGAAAUUCAUGAUUCAAAUUUUUAUGAAAAUGUCGAUUUUUCAAAUACGGAUAUGAGUUAUGCUCAUCUUAUUCAUAAUAAUUUUACAAAAUGUCUAUUUGAUCGUACUAAUUUGAGAAAUGUUACAUUUCACUAUAAUAAGAUUGUGAAAAGUAUAUUUACAGAAGCAAAAAUGUUUGGAAUGUCAAUUCUACAUAGUAUUUUUAUUGAUGUAAACUUUACUGGUGCUGACUUAAGUAAAAGUAGUUGCCAAUAUGUUCGUUGUGAAAGAUGUAGAUUUAACUUAGUCAAUUUUAAUCGUACUGACUUAUCUAAUUCAAUGUUUAUUGAAAGUGAUUUUCGAAAUGCUACGAUUAGUGAAGAUCAAUUAAAUCAAAUUUCGUCUUUGGAAGGUUCAAUAUUACCUAAUGGAAGUGUUAUUGAUUAUAAAUAA